AUGGUUUUAUUAAGUAAUAACUUAUUUAUUGAAGAAUUAAAAAAACUGUGUGGAGAAAUAGAAGGUAAAAAGAAGACUUCAAUUUGGAUAACUAUGAAAAGAGUUAAAAGAAGUAACAUCAAAAAUUCUGAACCUAAAAAAGAAUCCAGUGAAAAAAAAAAUAAAAAAAUAAAUAAAGAUGAUAAUAAAAACAAUAAAAAAUAUAUUUGUUUAAUAAGAGCGACAGAUGGUAAGAAAAAAAAAAUUUCAACACAUGUUUAUGAUAAUGUAAUUGACUUUUCUCAAGAAAUAAGUAAUAUCAUAAAAUCUUAA